AUGAGGUGGACAGAGCGCUGCGACUUCCCGCGCUAUUCUCUGCCUCCCAUUGCAGGGCUGAUCCGGAUAGCGGCCGUGCUGUUCUCGCUGGGCACCGCCUGGCUCUUUGUACAGACGUUCUUCAACACCGGCUGGAAGGUCGUCAGUCUGCGGAGCUGGCUGGGUUCCGAGCCCGACCUGCCCAAGACCCAGCCCCUGCAAAACAAGUGUGGUAAUGACAAAAGUUGUCCCGAAAGCACUUUUGCAUUUAAAAUCUCGAGUGGAGCAGCCAAUGUUGUUGGGCCUUCUAUGUGCUUUGAAAAUACGAUUAUCAUGAGUGGCGUGAAGAACAACGUUGGCAGAGGGUUAAACAUCGCACUAGUAAACGGAACAAAUGGCCAGCUCAUGAAAACAGACUCCUUCGACAUGUAUUCUGGAGAUAUCAAGCUGCUACUGGACUUCCUGAAAGCCAUCAAAAGUGGCACCAUAGUGAUAGUUGCCUCCUACGAUGACCCAGCAACAAAGCUGAAUGAUGAAGCACGGACAUUAUUCACCGACCUGGGAAGUAGCCAUGCGAGCAAGCUGGCCUUCCGAGACAACUGGACUUUCGUAGGCGCAAAAGGGCUCAAGGAUAAAAGCCCCUAUGAACAGCACUUAAAAAAUGAAGCGGCAAAAAACAAAUAUGACGGCUGGCCUGAAGUUCUGGAAAUGGAGGGCUGCGUCCCAAAGAAGAUGGAUUAG